AUGGUCUCAGCCCGGUGGAAAGAUCCUCACUGGGUUGCACUCUUCAGACCUGACAUCUCAUCUGCCAGAGUGACAUCCGAGACCGCACAACGACUGCCCUGGAAUCUGAUUACUGGACGAGCUUCUAAACGCCAUCAAAUCGCUAUUGACAAUGCUACUGGCAAAGCUGUUGCUUAUGCUAGAUGGAUAUUACCCGAGCACCUUGCUUCCGCGGAUCCAGUGAUUUGGCCGGAAGCUCAAGUCAAAGAGCCUACGGAAGACCAGAGGGUAGAAUUUGAGAAGAUGUCCGAAAGAGUCACAGACAGAGGAUUAAGAAUGGACCUGCUCGAGUAUCGUAGUGCACAACUCGAAGAAAUAGAUGCUAAGAUCAGGGAAAGUGGCCCAUUUCUAGACCUGGAUUACUUGGCAACUGCACCAGAAUACCAAUGUCGAGGUAUCGGCGCAAUGCUUCUGCAAGCUGGCCUUGAUGUGGCUGAUGCGUAUGGAUUAAACUCUUUCGUGACUUCUUCUGUGGCAGGCAUCAGGUUAUAUCAGAAACAUGGUUUUGAGGUUGUCGAGACACACACUAUUGAUUAUUCUCUGUUUGGAGGUGUCGAACCAGUGACGAAUUAUUUCAUGAUAAGAAAGCCUCAAGGGAAGCAUGGCUCUUGA